GUAAAGUCGGAAUGGAAAUUCACUUAUCAAUUUGGUUUCUGCCAAAUGGAUUCAAGCAGUAAUGAGGUAAUCCGUGAUUGUCCCCCGUUCUUUAAAGUCUACAAAGAUGGCCGAGUUGAGAGAUACUUUGUCACACAACCGGUUCCGGCGGGGCUGGACCCGACGACCGGCGUCCAGACUAAAGAUGUGGUGAUUUCACCGGCUGUCAAGGCCAGGAUUUUCAUGCCACAAAGUACAACCCCAGGUCAGAAGCUUCCCCUGCUUGUUCACUACCAUGGCGGUGGCUUUUCCAUUGGAUCGGCCUUCGACACCUUCACCUAUAAAGUGGCUGCCCCACUUGCAAAACAAGCCAAUAUCGUUUUGGUUUCGAUUGAUUACAGGCUGGCCCCCGAGCACCCUCUACCGAUUGCGCACGAUGAUUCAUGGGUAGGGCUACAAUGGGUCGCUUCUCACGCAAACGGACAAGGGCCCGAACCAUGGCUCAAUGACAAUGCGGAUCCCAGCCGAGUUUUCUUGGCCGGUGAAAGCGCCGGAGCCAAUAUUGCCCACUUCGUGGCAGUCCAAGCUGGUGCAACCAAAUUGGUGGGUUUAAAAAUCAGAGGGAUGCUUAUAGUACAUCCGUAUUUCGGAACCAGAGAACCAAGCGAUAAUGAGUUGGACAAGUACUUUUGUCCAACGAGUACCGAAUUCGACAAUGACCCGAUUGUGAACCCGGCAGCGGAUCCGAAAUUGAAUGAAAUGGCAUGUGAAAGGGUGAUUGUUUUGGUAGCAGAGGAAGAUGGGUUUAGAAACAGAGGAGAGGCUUACUAUGAAACAUUGGCGAAGAGUGGGUGGCGAGGAAAGGUGGAGUUUUUCGAGACGAAAGGAGAGGGUCAUUGCUUCCAUGCCGUCAUCGACAAUCACAACACUGAGGUCUUGAAGAACAAAAUGGUUGAUUUUAUAAACAAAGAUAUCUGAUAAUGCCUGCUCUUCUUUCUUUUUUACUGUUAUGUUUCUCAAAUAAUUUUAACUUUUAAAGUUUAUCAUAUAAAUCAAAAUUUGCAUCUCCAAUAA